UUCCCAAAUGUCAAUGAACUCUCCACAGCAAGUUGAAGUGGGCUGGAAAUAUUUAAGGAUAAUCACUGCAGAGCGCUCUACCACAUUUGUCCACCAUGACAGACAGGAAUAAGCUCACUUUCAAGUCAGUUGAGUUUCUUAAUACCUGUUAACUGUUUGUAAGUAGUUAUUUUAUAUCGGAAAGGAACAUGUAGAAUUUUUAACAGCUGGAUAUCCUUGGAUCAAACUGUCGAGGGCGCGUUCUUGCUCUUGCGGAAUAUACGACAGGUGACUUUAUGUAGAAGUACAACAACUCCUCCAGGAUGAGACUGUGGACUUUACUUGUCAUUAUCCCGGUGUGCGCAUCCUCUCCUCUGUCAGCCGAAACGUCUAAAUCCAAAGGUCCAGCUGCUGUGGAGAGCCGCUGCUCCGGCCGAGCCUGCAACCCGCUGAUGGGCAACUUGGCUCAGGGCAGAGUGCUGAGGACGCAGUCGGUCUGCGGCUCCAACUCCUCUGAGCCCUACUGUGUCUACAAAGAGAGCGCUUCCCCCCGUAGCAGGGAGUCCUGCUCGGCCGCAAAAUGCAGCAAGUGCAACUCCGCUCUCCCCAGCCAAGCGCACCCCCCCUCUGCCAUGAGCGACUCUACUUUCCGCUACCCUGACACUUGGUGGCAGUCGGCAGAGGGGGUGAAGGAGGAGACGCUCCAGCUCGACCUGGAGACGGAGUUCCUCCUCACCCAUCUCAUCCUGGUGUUCCGCUCGCCCCGCCCCGCUGCAAUGGUGCUGGAGCGCUCGCAAGACCACGGGCACACAUGGAGGGCCAGCAGGUAUUUUGCCAGGGACUGUGAGGAGGUGUUUGGCCUGUCAGAGGGGUCGCCAAUCGGGGAGAGUGGAGCAACUUGCACCUCCAAGUAUUCAGGAGCUUCCCCUUGCACCAGAGGAGAGGUGAUCUAUCGAGCUCUGUCGCCCUGGCACUCAGUGGAUCCGUAUGGACCAGCUGCCCAGGACCAGCUCAUGAUCACCAACCUCAGAGUCCGUCUGCUGCAGCGCCAGCAGUGUCCCUGCCAGGCCAAACAUCCUGGUGCCGCUGUCCUCCCCACAGACCACUAUGCCAUCUAUGAUUUUAUUGUCAAAGGCAGUUGCCUUUGCAAUGGUCAUGCUGACAACUGUGUACCAGCCGGGGGCUACCAAUCCAGCCAACAGAAGACCGACAACAUGGUCCAUGGCAAGUGUGUCUGCAGACACAACACAGCAGGUGACCACUGCGAGCGCUGUGCACCUCUCUACAAUGACCAACCCUGGCAGGCUGCCAAUGGCAUCAUAGGAACACCGCAUGAGUGCCAGAAGUGCAAGUGUAAUGGUCAUGCCAAGAGCUGUCACUUUAGUCGUGAAUGGUGGCUGGCGACAGGACGGCAGAGUGGUGGGGUGUGUGACAACUGCCACCACAACACAGAGGGCCGUCACUGCCAGAACUGUAAGAAAGGCUUCUUCAGAGACCCCGGCCAACCAAAAACUGCCCCCGACUCCUGCAAAGGCAUGCUGAAGCCUUUUUUAAGAACAAACAUGCCAUUUUUGGAAACAGAUGAAGCAACCUGUUCCUGCCACCCUGUAGGCUCCGUCCUCUCAGGAGGUAGCACGCUCUGUAACCCUAGCAGUGGGGAGUGCACUUGUAAGCCCGGUGUCGGAGGCCCCAGCUGUGACAGCUGCAUGCUGGGAUACUGGGGGCUUCAUGAAUACGGCUGCCGUCCAUGUGACUGCACAGGGAACUGUGACCCCUACACCGGUGACUGCAUUUCUGGCUCAGAUGUGGAGGUCUUCUAUACAGCUGCCGGCCACAUGGGACACAGCAGCAAUAAUAGUGAGACGGCACUCUUUAGGGUAGAGGAGCUUUUCUCUGCACUGCACCACUCUGUGAAAUGCGAGUGUGUAGAAGUAACCCUUGGCAGCCCUAAACUCUUCUGUGCUGCAGAAUAUGACUAUGUGCUGGUUGUGAAGGUAAUGUCAGCUCACGAUAAAGGCUCCCAUGCAGAGGUAGAGGUUAAAGUCAAGAAGGUCUUGUACCAGAAGCCUCAGAUGAAGAUCCAGAGGGGAAGCGUCACCCUUUACCCAGAGUCUUGGACCACCCAGGGCUGUACCUGUCCUAUCCUCAAUCCAGGAUCUGAGUAUGUAGUGGCUGGUCAUGAGGACUGGAAGACCGGCCGACUGAUGAUCAACACCAAGAGCCUGGUUAAACCAUGGAAGUCAACACUGGGACGCAAAAUCCUCCACAUCCUAGGAAAAGACUGUGGCCGCUGGUAGGGCAUUACCAAGAACUGCAGUGGACAGAGGGAUGGAGAGGUAUGAUCUGUGACAUACUGUACAGGAGUGUGCGGAAUAAACGAGGGACUGUUUGAAUUAGGCAUUGCUUGGACACUAAAAUGAAAGCAAAUCCCCAUGCCUACUACAGGGAUUUAAUGUUUCUGUGGAGUCCACAGCCCCAAGAAACAGCUACUACGCCACAGUGCUGUGGUAGAAAUAAGCACAAACCUCGCCAGACUACAGUCACUUAAGAGUCAAAGUAAACAAAGCAAGCCAUAAAGACUUUCAUCUGAACAAAGACAAAGCUGAUGUUGGAAUUUCAUUCCUGUCUUACUGUAUUAUAUUUUCCAGGUAAUUUAUAAAACAAUGCAUGUUAAAUACUCAAUUACACUUUAUUUCCUGGGUAAGUUGCUGUCAGACUUGAUGAGCCAUUCAAGUCCUACAGUAUAAAUUUUACUGAGAGCUGUUUACUCUUAAGUCUUGCAAAGGCACAGACUGAAUUAUCCUUGUUGUCCUGCAGAUAUUGCCGAUAAAUCAUGAAUGAAGUCAGAAUGUGUGUGAGUGUGGAUGUGUGCAUUUGCUUGAUGUCCUUGGCAGGGAGUCUGGGACUGUGCAGGUCAGAACAAGUAACUCCUGGAUGAAAAAAACAUUAAAGGAAUCAGGCGGCUUAAUCUGAACAGCUCUGCUCGGCUUCGGCAAACUCGCCCGCCCGCUGUCUGACAAGAGCAAAACACACUCUGCUCCACCCUCUCUGGUCUGGAGUACAUGCAACCGGCUAAAACACUCAGGAUUGGGUUUGUUCUCACAGCUGGUUCAGUUACAAGAGUUAGUCAUUGUCAGGUUACUUCAGUCAGACUUGAUUCUGUGAGGAUUUUCUGCUGUCCUCGUCUGACCUGCUUCUGUAUGAGGAGGAUUCAUGCAUCUCCAAACGUGUGUGUGUGUGUGUGUGUGUGUGUGUGUGUGUGUGUGUGUGUGUGUGUGUGUGUGUGUGUGUGUGUGUGUGUGUGUGUGUGUGUGUGUGUGUGUGUGUGUGUGUGUGUGUGUGUGUGUGUGUGUGUGUGUGUGUGUGUGUGUGUGUGUGUGUGUGAGAGAAAGAGAGCACUCUCUUAACAUAUGCUUCUCUUUUUGGCCUGUGAUUCCUGCGGCCCCAAAAUAAAUAUGUAUUAAAAGCCUGGGUAUUCAUUGACAUCACAGUGUAUCAUAUCCGGAGUCCACAGGACAUUUUAGAGCCAAGCCCAGUUAAGAAUAGGUCUGGUUUCUCUGUCUCCAAGGAGGACAAACUCUGUGAGGAUAUAUGAUGUAUUCCUCAAACAUGACAUCACUGACAUGUCCUUGUCCCAAAGACUUUACCAAAAUAAGAGAAAGGGGCUGGAGAUUUCCUUGUAAAGGACAAAGUGGUGCUUUGGUAUGCAUGAAUGUGAUAUUUGUAAUGCUAUUUUUGUGUGUCCUAUAUGUUCUUUUUUUAUUUAAACUGCAUAAACUACACAUUAGUGUGCUCAUUUUUAA